AUGACUUCCCAGAAGCCAAAAGCCCCAGAGCCCAUCGCCAUUGUUGGCACCGGGUUUCGAUUUCCAGGCGGCGCGUCCACACCAUCCAAACUAUGGGAGCUUCUGCACUCGCCAAAGGACGUCCUGGCCCCGAUCCCGGCGACGCGAUUCAAUGCCGAUGGCUUCUACCACCCUGACGGUGAGUAUGGUGGCCACAGCAACGUACGGAACUCCUACACCCUCUCGGAAGACUACGCGGCAUGGGAUGCGGGGUUUUUCAAAAUCGCGGUGGGCGAGGCGUCGGCAAUUGACCCGCAGCAGCGGCUGCUUAUGGAGUGCGUAUACGAGGCCCUCGAGUCCGGUGGACACAGCAUACAGAGGCUGCGCAGGUCCGACACGGCCGUGUAUGUGGGUUUGGUGAACGAGGAAUAUAGUGAUAUUCACUAUCGCGAGCUGAAUACAACGCCUAGGUACUUUUCGACAGGAACAGGCCGGUCCAUUGCAUCCAACCGCGUGUCGUAUUUCUUUGACUGGCGGGGCCCCUGUAUGACGAUAGAUACGGCGUGUUCGUCGUCGCUCGUCGCCGUGCACCAGGCGAUUCAGGCCAUCCGCUCGGGGGUAAGCAAGGUCGCGGUCGCAGCCGGCGUGAACCUCCUGCUCGGUCCCGAGCCUUAUAUUGUGGAAAGUUCGUUCCACAUGCUCUCACCGACGGGGCGCUGUCGGAUGUGGGAUGCAUCCGCUGACGGCUACGGACGCGGAGACGGGAUAGCUGCUGUAGUGCUGAAAAGCCUCAGCCAAGCUAUCGCAGAUGGUGAUAGGAUCGAGAGCGUGAUCCGGGAAACGGGUAUAAAUCAAGAUGGAGCCACGAGCGGCAUCACGGUACCUAACCCCAGCGCCCAGGUCGCUCUGAUACAAGAAACGUACAGGCGAGCCGGGCUCGAUCUGACAAAAGCGCGGGAUCGGCCACAAUUCUUCGAGUGCCACGGGACCGGAACCCCGGCGGGGGACCCCCUUGAAGCACAGGCCGUCCAAUCCUCUCUAGGUAGGCUCGUUGCCGCUCCAGGCUCUGGCGGACCGCUCUACGUCGGCUCGGUCAAGACCGUGAUAGGUCACACCGAAGCAACUGCCGGCAUCGCAGGCCUGAUAAAGGUCUCCUUGGCCAUCCAGCACCGCCUGAUCCCGCCAAAUAUGCUGUUUGAGAUGCUCAACCCUGCCAUUGAGCCCCUUUAUCGCGGGUUGCAAGUACCCGUGGAAAAUAUCCCCUGGCCUGAAACGGGGGCGUCUCCCAGGCGUGCGAGUGUGAACUCUUUUGGGUUCGGCGGAACAAAUGCACACGCAAUCGUCGAGAGCUACCAGCCACCAAAGAUGGAUGGGGCUGCCAGCGACACGCAAGAAUCCGUCCCCCUGCCUUUUGUGUUUUCAGCCCAAUCCAAAGCUUCCCUCAAGCGCAUGCUCGCGAAAUUUGCCGACUUUCUCCUUCCAGGGCGGGUACCCCGAGAUCUAACGGAUCACGACCUUGCCUUUACUCUCAACUCGAGACGAUCACUUUUGUCGUGCCGCGCAGUGUUUGCGGCGCGUGGAGUCCAGCACUUGGGCAACCAGGUUCGCGACGCCAUUCAGGAUCAGGAAUGGCAGCCGGCGGCCACAGUGUCCGAGUCAAAGGACGGUGAACCUGCACCGCGCAUCCUCGGAGUCUUUGCAGGCCAGGGGGCACAGUGGGCGGGCAUGGCGAGACGAGCAAUUCGCGACAUACCGUUCGUCCGGGAGAGAUUUGCAGAGCUGGAGGGCUACCUCCAGGACCUACCGGAAGAAGACGUGCCGGCGUGGUCUCUACGAGAUGAGUUGUCCAAGGUCGAGGGGUCGAAUCUACACCUGGCACAGUUCUCGCAGCCCCUGUGCACGGCACUCCAGCUGGUUCAGGUCGACCUCUUGGCCGCCGCUGGGGUCAAGUUCUCUGUCGUGGUGGGCCACAGCUCGGGUGAGAUCGCGGCGGCUUACACUGCGGGACUGUUAUCUGCACGCGACGCCAUGGUUGUGGCCUACUACCGAGGCUUGCACAGCUCUCGGCUCGCAAACAAAAAUAGCAAAGCCGGAGCCAUGAUGGCAGCAGGGAUAGAUUUUGCCGAGGCGUGCAGGCUGGUGGGAUCGGAGCAGUUCAAAGGUCGGAUCGCCGUGGCCGCACACAACUCACCGACAAGUGUCACGUUAUCAGGUGACGAGGACGCAAUUCUCGAAGCCAAAGAGCUCCUUGCUUCGCAGGGCAAAUUCGCGAGACUUCUGCGCGUCGAUCAAGCAUAUCACUCGCAGCACAUGCAGCCCUGUCUGGCUCCUUACAUUGCCUCACUGCGGAGGGCGGGCGUAGGUUCGAUGCAGCCCAGCUCCUGUGGGAGCAGGAGCACCAAAUGGUACUCAUCGGUGCACAAGGAUGGUGACGCACAUCGUAUCAUGACAGCGGUUGACUGCGAGUACUGGGCCGCAAACAUGGCGCAGACGGUCCUUUUUGCUGGCGCCGUGGGGUCCACACUGACUGCCGACCCCGCGGCAGCCCAAGAACAGCCUUUCACCGUAGCCGUUGGCAUUGGACCUCACGGUGCCCUGCGGGGCCCCUUUGAAGACAUCAUUGGAUCCGUGUCCAGCACCCGCCUUCGAAUACCCUACAUCGACGUCCUUGCACGAAACCAGGACGACAGCAUUAGUCUCAUGCAAUGCAUCGGCAACCUCCUGGCCCACGGUGCAGUGGACAGCAUGGACGUGGGUAGAUUCCAGGCCAUGAUCUACCAUCUGGAAUCCAAAGGUCGACGGCUGACGCCUGCGGCUAACCUCCCCACCUACCCAUGGGAUCACUCGCGAACCUUCUGGCACGAGUCUCGGAGGUCGAGAGCUCUGCGGACGCGCUCCAAGCCGGCGCACCCGCUGCUCGGCACACUCUCCCCGGAUUCUUCGGCCACCGACUUGGCCUGGCACAAUCUGCUCCGCCUGGCGGACUUGCCGUGGCUCCGUGGGCACCGGCUGCAGGGCCAAACGAUAUAUCCUGCGGCUGCAUACCUGGCUGGAACCAUCGAUGCAGCUUUGCACGUCGCUGCGGAGAUGCAGAGGACGGUGAAGACAAUCGAGUUUAGAGACGUUUGGAUCGGCAAGGCCAUCGCAUUCGAUGACGACUCGGCCUCGGGCGUCGAGAUGUACACGACCCUGACAAUCAAGCAGGACGGCCCAGGCGGGGUUCUAGGGGCGAGCGAGGUGCUCGAGGCAGGCUUUCGCGUCCGCUCCACCGUAUUUGGUACCGCCUCGACCGAUGCCCCCUUGAACUGUAGCGGCACAAUUUUAAUUUCUUUGCUUGACCGCGACGAGAUGAAGCCAGCUCUGCCGCUCUUGUCGCCGCAAAAACAGCCGCCGGCCCUGCUCGUCCCGGUCAACGACGAGGAAUUCUACAGGGAGCUGAGCCACAUUGGCUACCAAUACACCGACUGCUUCAGAGCUCUCGCGUCGGCGAGGCGGAAGCUGGGAUAUGCUCAAGCCACGCUCAAUCUGCCAGUGUCCCAACAACUGCACCGGUCCGAGCGGGGCUUUUUGCUGCACCCGGGUCCGUUGGAUGCGCUAUUCCAGAUCAUACUCCUCGCAUACGCCUGUCCGGGGGACGGCCGGCUGUGGUCGCUCCAUGUUCCUAUAGCCAUCGACAGGAUAGUGAUGGACGUGAGUGAGAUUCGAAAAGCAGACUCCUCCAGCAGCACAUCCUACACCAUCGAGGCAGCGGUAGACCGAGACCCCAGCUUCUCAGGCCGGCCGCAAAGUGGCCUCGGGGGCGACGUGGGCAUCUUCACGCGGGACGGGGGCGUCGGCCUGGUCUGGGCCGAAGGUGUUUGCCUGGCGCCGCUCGCCACGGCCUCGGCAGAUGACGACGUGCAGAUGUUUCUCGAGCCAGUGGAUGGACCCGUAUUCCCCGACUGCGCCCUGGCUAUGUCGUCUCCAGCGGACAAAACGGUUGCGCGGGCCACCGAGGACGAAAACAAGCUGGGCUGGCUGUUGGACCGUAUUGCGUAUUUUUAUCUGGAGCGCCUGACCGAGGAAAUAAAGCCGGAGCAGGAGGCCAAAGCCAAAUGGCACUUUCAAAAGCUAAUGAACUAUGCGCGCCACGUAUGCCGAGAGGCUGCGGCUGGUCGUCAGCCGUACGUCCAAGUCGAAUUUUUGCAGGAUACGUACGAGGAGAUAAUCAAGCUUAUGGAUCAGCAUAUGGACAUCAUCGACGUGCAGUUGAUGCGUGCCGUGGGAGAGAAUUUGGCCGCCGCCGUGAGGGGCGAGACAGUUAUUCUGCAACAUAUGAUGCAGGACGGAAUGCUAGACCGGUCGUAUGAAGAAACGCUCGGUGUUAAGCCCUUUUCGGAUUUUUUGUCGAGGGUUAUAGAGCAGAUCCUUUUUAUAUACCCGGAGGCGUCCAUCCUGGAGAUUGGGGCGGGAACCGGCGGCGCUACCAAGGGCAUACUCGGCCGCAAUCCCGACAAUUUUGGGCAUUACACCUUUACCGACAUUUCGUCUGGCUUUUUCGAAAAGGCCGAAUCGGUUUUUGCGACUUUCGUCGAGGGUGGGCGCAUGAGCUUCCGCGUGCUUAACAUCGAGCGAGACCCGACGGAGCAGGGGUUUGCGGAGCAUUCGUACGACCUUGUGCUGGCGUCUUUCGUGCUGCACGCCACGGCGGACCUGGAACGGACGCUGCGUAACGCCCACCGGCUGCUCAAGCCAGGCGGCUACCUCGUGCUGCUAGAGAUGACGAGCAACGACACCCUGAGGCUCGGCCUGACCAUGGGUGGAUUGGAGGGCUGGUGGCUCGGCGCCGAGACCGGCAGGCCCUGGUCGCCCUGCGUUUCAACCAGGGAGUGGCAUGCGCUGCUCAAGGCCACGGGAUUCACGGGUGUGGAGAAUAACACGCCCGAGCUUGACCCCCUGGCCUGGCCGUACGGCGUCUUGGUCUCCCGGGCGUUGGACCCUCGAGUAACUCUGCUUCUGGAGCCCUCGAGCCGACCGCUGGUCGAGCCUUUUGAGAUCCAGGUCCUGCUCAUCAUUGCCGGGUCCUCUCCUCAGAACGUGUCUCUGGCGAGGGAGCUACAGGGCAUUCUGCAGCCCUUUUCCCAGUCCCAGGUUGUCGUUACCGAUGGCAUGGCAGGCUUCUCGCGCCAACAGGCUCACCGAAAACGGCAUUCGCAUCCUGACGGGGCGAGAAAGUCGGGACAAGAUGACGAUCGGGCGAACGACCUAACCGUGCUGUACCUAGCCGACCUGAACGAGGAACCGCUCCUCCAGGGCAUCACACCAGACGGCUUUCAGGGGCUGAAGGAGCUGUUCAACCUGUCUCCCAGGCACCUCCUCUGGCUAACUCACGGUGCCCGCGACAGUCAGAACCCAUACGCGGUCGCCUCGAUCGGCUUGGGCCGAGCGCUGAUGAUGGAAUAUCGUCAAGUGGAUAUGCAGUUCAUGGAUUUUCCCACACCAGUCCCCGACGCCAAGGUCGUGAGGGAUCAUCUUUUGCGCCUCGUCAUCCUUUCUGCGAUUGAGAAGGAGGAUUCGGCCCUGCUUUGGAGCCGUGAGCCAGAGAUUUCGGUGGAUCGGCAAGGCCGCUGUUGGGCAUCGCGGAUCAAGCCGCACCGGCACUUCAACAACGGAUACAACUCAGCCAGACGAACUAUAACCGAGCCACCCAACCCGGUUGAGGAGUUCGAGGUUUACGAGGAGUGGAGCGAGGGAGAUGAAUCCGUGUCCCGGCUCCUUGUUCGGACGCAGGCUAUACCGCAAAGUCUGCAAGAGUCAGUCCCACACAAGAUAAAGCCGUUGUAUUCUGUCCCUAUUGCACCUCGACCCGGAGGGGGCACGUGGAACUUGACCGCAGGGCUUCUGAUCAAGUCCGCCCAGACAGCUGAUCAGGGGAUGGUAGUGGUGCUCUCGGACCGCUUAGGUUCUGUCAUCACUGCGCUCUCUGAGCCCGUAUCCAUUUCUACCAAAGUUACCCCGGUUCUAAUGCAUGAAAUUGGAGCGCACCUUUUUGCAUCACUGAUUAUGAAUGAAGUGAAGCGCCAGUCUCAGCUGAUGAGACACGGCUACCAGCAAAAGUCCAAGAAAGUCUUCCUGAUCUUAGAGCCGGGCGCGAGCCUUGCUCGGCGACUUUCCCAGACUGCCGCGGCGUCGGACUCAUGGACUGUCGUGUGCGUCACCACAUGUCGGGCAAAGCUGGCGUCGGCACCGGAGUCUUUCGUCUUUGUUGACGUCAACAGCAGCAGCUCAGUCAAAGGGAGGGCUCUCAACUUGUCUUCGUCAUCCAGAGUCAUCGGAAUCUUCAUCUGCUCCGAUCCGGCUACCCGUGUUCCGGGGGAGCAGACUCUUGCCGCAAGCCUUCGAGGAUCACUGCCAGAGCUGAGUCGGACGAGGACGUGGCUGGCUUCCGACCUGCUGCAGGAUGCCGAUGAUGUCCAUGUCGCUCAAGACAAUGAGGCUGGACUUGCUCCGCAGCUUCUUCUCGCCUCCGUCUUGCGAGAUGCCGUGGCUAGUGCACAGGAAAGUUCAGCAUUGAUCAAGGAGGGACAUGUGGAUGUGGAGCUUCUCUCACUACAGGAAUACGUCCAAGGUGCUCGAGGGACAACGGCUCGGGAAGUCUCCGUGAUCGACUUUUCCGCAGGGUGGUCCGCGCCAUUGACAAUCACGGCCCGGCCCCUCGACGGCAUCCAGCCUCUCCUCAAAGGUGACGGGACAUAUCUCCUCCUGGGCCUGGGGGGUAAGGGUGGCCUCGGAUCUUCACUAGCCGAAUACAUGGUUCGUCUGGGGGCGAGAUACAUUGUGCUCACUAGCCGAAACCCAGGAGUCGAAGAAGCCUUGACUCUAAACUAUGCCAAGCAGGGGGUUCAGAUCCAGGGCAUGGCCAACGACAUCACUGACGAGUCUGCUCUGCGCAAGCUGAUCCGGGAUAUCGACGCGUCUCCCGACUGGCCACCGAUCGCAGGCGUCGCCAAUGGCGCCAUGGUGCUCGCCGACGUCUCGCUCCAAAACAUGGAAUACGAUCAGAUGGUGCGGGUGCUGCGACCAAAGGUCCUGGGCAGCAUCCUGCUGGACAAGAUCUUCGAGACCGUGCCGCUCGACUUCUUCAUCCUCAUCUCCUCGCUCUCGUGUGUGCUGGGCAACCGCGGCCAGGCAAACUACGACGCGGCAAACAUGUUCCUCGUCGGCCUCGCGGCGCAGCGCCGGUCCAGGGGACUGGCGGCCAGCGUGGUCGACAUCGGCGCCGUCAUGGGCACCGGCUACAUGGCGCGCGCGGUCAAGGAGCAGACGCUGAAGCAGAUGGUCGGUGCCGGGUUCGCCAAGAUGUCGGAGCGGGACUUCUACAUGGCCUUUGCGCACGCCAUACUGGCCGGACGCCCCGAGCAACGUCAUGGCAGCUACGAGGUCAUCACCGGGCUCAACGUGCCGCAGCCAACCGACGAGUUCCAGCCAGACUGGGUCACGAACCCGCGCUUUUCCCACAUGAUAUCCAGGAGUCGGGCGGUCACGGGACGCAAAACACAGGAGUCUACGUCGGGGAGGCAGGCUGAGAAGACGCGCGACUUGCUGAAGCGGGCGAGGACCGCGGACGACCUCUCGCGGAUCGUGUCCACCGCGGUCGUCAAAAAGACGAUGCACAUGCUGCAGGUCAGUGAUGAGAUGGCGACCGACCACGACGCCUUUUUGAGACGGAGCACUUCGAGCUUGGGCGUCGAUUCGCUGGUGGCGGUAGAGCUGCGCACCUGGGUGUUCAGGGAGUUUGAGGUCGAUAUUCCCGUCUUCAAGAUUCUCGCUGACACGAGCUUCGGUGACAUUGUUAACUUCAUCUUGGCGGUCUUUCCGGAGAGCCUCGUGCCGUGUUUUGAUAGAGACUCCGACAAUGACGCUGUCCCGGCUUCUGCGCUGGAGUCCAUGCGAGAGAGGCCAUCAAACAAGAUGAAUGGUAAAGAUGCGUCGAAGCAGCCAACCAAAGACUCUUUAUUAAACUUUUCCAGUCCUUCAGGGACACCAGUCUCUACUCCAAAACUGACACCUGUUGCCUCGCCGGAUAACAGCUCAGAGCGAGACCCUGGCGAAGAGGACUCGAAACAAGACCGAGUGGACCGCGAGAGCAGUGGAUCACCCACACAGGACUCCCCUACGGGGGCUAGAUUCGAAAGAGUUGUCGCCAUGUCGUAUGGCCAGAGGCGAUUCUGGCUGAUGAGCAAUCUGGGCCCAGCGCCGACCAUCUGCAACGUCGUGAACGACAUAGAAAUCAGGGCCGAGCUGGAUACGGGCUCCCUAGCCCGGGCGGUUUGCUCGCUGGGGGAGAGGCAUGAAGCCCUUCGUACGGCGUUUAUCAGUAACCCGACCUCGGAAGUCCCCGACCAAGUCGUCCUGAAACAAAGUCCGCUGCGAUUGCAAACAAUCAAGCUACAGACUCUGAAUGAGGUCGAUGACAUAUACCACGACCUGCAUCGCUCCGACUACAACCUAGAAACGGGCGAGUUGGUCAAGAUGGUUCUAGUGUCUCUUUCGCCGGGGCUCCACCACCUCUUAAUCGGAUACCACCACAUAAAUAUGGAUUCGUUCAGCAUGUCCGUCCUGAUGAGGGAGCUCCUCGAGCUCUACGCUGGUAAAAGCCUAGAUCCGCCUGCCCUUCAACAGUCCGACCUUGGCGUCUACGAGCGCAAACUGCUGCAGGGCGGCAGGUGGUCCAAGGAGCUGGUUUACUGGAGCAACCUGUUCGCCGGGGCUCCAUCUUUGUUCGAUCCCCUACCAAUCCUGCACGUCUCUCCAUCAAGCACAAGCCGGGUCCGACCCGAGCGCAUCGCCUACAAAUCACACGUCCAGUCCAGACGCGUCUCGGCCGACACUGCCAAAAGCCUGCGAUCCCUCUGCCGGAGCGCCGGCGUGACACCCUUCCACGUCUACACGGUCGUGUUGCAGGUUCUCGUGUCCAGGCUGGGCCAGCUCGAGCACGUCACCAUGGCCAUGGGCCACGCCAACCGCGAAAACCUGGACCUGCCAGGCGAGGACGGCGCCGUUGGCAAUUUCCUCAACAUGGUGCUGCUGCGCCUCCGCACACCGUCUCGCGGCCGCAGCAUUCACAGCUUCCUCUCCGAGACCCGCGCCGUGGUGCUCGAGGCCAUGGCCAACGCGUCCGUCCCUAUCGAGCUCGUCAUGGAGCAGAUUGGCGUGCCCAAAACGUCCAGCUAUAGCCCGCUGUUCCAGAUUUUUAUCGACUAUAAACGGGUCCAGGAGAAGCUCCCGUUUCCAGGAGGGGGGACAGUCCAGGGCACGAGGUACCUGCUCAGCGAGACUCCAUACGACAUUAUGCUCGAUAUCAUUGAUACGGCGGCCGGGGAUGCGCUGCUGCAGAUGCACGCGCAGGACGGCAUUUACACGCCCGAGGAGACGACCAGGCUCUUGGAGCUGUACUCAACUCUGCUAGACUCGUUUUCGCAGGCUGACGGCGAGACCAUUAUCGGGGACGUGCGCAUGGCCGCUGCUGAUCAGGUCAAAGCCGCACUGCGGUUGGGUGAAAUCUUGGAACUGAAGCACCAAUCCAUACUUCACUCCAUAGACCUAACAGCCAGGUCACUCCAGGACGUCGAGGCGCUUGCCGACACCAGCAACAAUAGCCUUUCCUGGGCAGAACUGAUCAGCAAGUCGACCGCACUCGGUCAUGAGCUCCGCCGGCUAGGGGUCGGGCCCGGAUCCAGGGUGGGCAUCUUUCAGGAGCCGACGGUGGACUGGGUCGUCACCAUGCUGGGUGUCUGGCGCGCCGGGGCCUCGUUCGUGCCAAUGGACCUCGGACAGGGGCUCCCGCGGCUGGCCAGGAUUGCAAGGGCGGCUAAUCUCGCGGCGGUCGUGGCCCACCCUGAAACCGUCGCGCUUGUCGGUGAGCUAGGACGUGAUCCCCAGAACUGCGUUGUUGAUAUUACGGAAUUGCAUAUCUCCUGUCCGGUUUCAACUUCUGAGGCGUCUGGCGUUCAAAUCAAGAGUGAAGAUGAGGCUGUGGUGCUGUUUACGAGUGGCACCACCGGAGAACCCAAGGGUAUAUCAAUCCCCCAUAGGGUUAUAUUGACCGGAAUCAAGGGCAUGGUUCAAAGGUGGCCAGACCUCAACUCGACGCCUCUCACCGUCCUUCAGCACACGUCGCUCAACUUUGACGUCUCCGCGUGGGUGGCUCUGCUCGGUCUCGCAUGCGGAGGCAAAACUAUCGUCGCUUCGCGCGAUAUACGCGGGGACCCGAGGGCCCUAACCCGCGUCAUCAUCCAAAGGCAGGUCAACUUGAGCGUCGCGACGCCCAGCGAGGCCAUCGGCUGGCUGCAGAGCUUCGACCCCGGCGAGGUUGCCACCUGCAAGUGGAGGUGGCUCGUGGCUGUCGGCGAGCCCAUACCCAUCACCUUCCUUAGACAGCUUCACCUGCACGGAAAGGCCUCGCUGAGGGUGAUAAACGCCUACGGGCCGACCGAGACCUGGAUGCCGCUGGCGUACGAGAUCCCCCACCACGGGUCCAAAACCGUCGCCGAGGUCGAUCGGCUCUGGCCUGUACCCAUCGGCGGCUUAAUGCCCAACUACAGCGUCCGAGUGGUGGACUCCAAUGGCCAUGUCCUACCGCCAGGCAUGCCCGGACAGUUGGUCAUCGGGGGUUGCGGCAUUGCGCUGGGCUACGUCGGUUCCUCCGCGCCACACGACCGCUUUAUACCCGACCCCAACCCCGUGCAGGCACACCUCGCCAGCGGUUGGCGCAGAGUCCACCUGACUGGCGAUUACGGCUAUAUGACCGAGGACGGCGUUUUCUACUCGCUAGGCCGCAUUCAGGGGGAUACACAGAUUAAGCUGCGCGGCCAGAGGUUGGACCUUCGUGAUGUGGAACAGGCCAUCGUGGAAAAUGCGGGCGGCUCUGUCCUCGAAGUUGUAGUCAGCGUCCGGAGGAUAGACGGUCAACCCCUCGACCGUGCUGCACUCGCAAGCGACUCGACGUCCAAGAUGCUCGUCGCUCACGCUGUUGUCGCUCCAUCUUGGGCUAGUGACUCUGCAGAGUUUCUGCGAUCCCUCGUCCAAGGUCUUCCGCUGCCCGACUACAUGAGGCCAUCCGUCAUUGUCCCUGUCGAAUCCCUUCCGCUUACCAUGAACGGUAAGCAGGACCGUACAACCAUAUCCCAGUGGCCCGUAAUAUUGGCUUCUAGAGGAGUUCGGGAUUCUCCUCCAGAGUUCGAGUCGGCGCAAGUCCGAAUCGCUCAACCCAACAAUCGGGGUCUCGAGACAAUGGCCGAGAUAUGGAGACAAGCCCUGGCCUCGUCUGCCACGGGCCUCGAUGUGUCUGAGCCUCUGGACCCUGAGGUUGACUUUUUCCACAUUGGCGGCAAUUCGCUCCUGCUAACGCGCGUCCAGCGAAGCAUCAGGGUGAACCACGGGGUGGACGUGCCCCUACGCCAACUGUUUCACAACACCAAGCUCGCGAGGAUGGCGCGACUUUUACGCCCAGAGAGCGACCUGUCGGACGAUACCAUCGACUGGAACACCGAAACGCGACCCAUUCCCGAGCUGAACCUCGCGCUCCAGGUAGCUAAAAUCUCGCCUGUCGACGAAGCAGCCUCGACCGACGCCACCCGAGGCCUGGUCGUGGUGCUGACGGGUGCGGCAGGCUUCCUCGGCUGCCACCUGGUCCAAAGCCUGAUCCAGCACCCGGCCUUUGCAGAGGUCCACUGCGUCGCCGUCCGCAGCCGGCUCCAGCGACUGGUGCCGCUCCAAGAUGCCGCCCGCGCCGCCGGCAAAAAGCUCCAUGUCCACCUGGGCGACCUUUGCCAGCCUGGCCUGGGCCUCACCGACGCCCGAUCCGUCUUUUCACUCGCCGACGUCAUCAUCCACAACGCCGCCGACACAUCCUUCCUCAAAUCCUACGCGACCCUCCGCGUACCCAACGUCGACUCGCUUAAAACCCUUGCCCGUCUAUCAUUAACGCACCGCACCAUCGCGCCACCCAUGAACUCUCCCCGUCGCUCCCCAGCGCACCUACAUUUCAUCUCCACGGCCGGCGUCGCGACUUAUGUGGGCCGGGACCUGGCCGAAGAGCCGCUGGGCCGGCCCCCGCCUGCGCACGUCACCGAAGGCUACCUGCUGACCAAGUGGGCGGGCGAGCAGUGGCUGGAGCACGCGGCCGCCGCGUCGGGCGGGCUGCUGCGCGCGACGGUGCACCGCGUCGCGUCGCUGGUCGGUCCCGGCGCGCCCGUGCUGGACAUCGUGUCGAGCGUGGUGCGACAUUCGCUUGCCGUCGGCGCCGUGCCCACGCUGGCCGGCUACCGAGGCCAGAUACAAUUCGUGCCCGUGGAGGAGGUCGCCCGAGGGAUCGUCGGCGCAGCGGCCCUCGAAGCGGACGGCGCUGGGGUCCGGUAUCUGAACCACUGCGGCGAGGCCGACGCCGCUGUCGAUUUGGGGGAUCUGGGGAGCUAUUGCAAGCGGAGCCUGGGCCAGGACGGGUCUUUGCCGGUUGUUGAGGAUGAGGAAUGGAUCCGGAAGGCCGAGGUGGUCGGCUUUCCGCCGCUAUUGGGGUCGUACCUCAGGGCGGACACGCUUGGUGGGAAAAGAACCGAGUUUAAAAUCUUGCUUAAACGCUAG